GACAUCAAUGGGAAGUUUGUAGCCUCUGCUGCUCCUGGUGGAUGGAUAAAAAGUUCGCUUUCAUUCCCUAUUGGGUGCUUAUUUUGCUGUCCAGCUGACGACUUCCUUUUAAGUCCUAGAAGCGUGACUUGAGGGAGUGAAUCCCAAAUACAAUGCGUAAACUACGGGGCGUAAACUUUAUUGUAAAUAAAGUGAGCGUAAAUUGAGGUUCCAGUGCACCCCAGAGUGCUUUGACUGCCGUGAACCAGCAAUAAAAGUGAGAAAAACGCACACCAUUAAAACGGAAGAAAAUAACAUUAGAAGCAGGACGACGACGUCCGUCGGUGAGAAGUUUGUUGUGUAGUGAAGCAAUCCAUUUCCGGUAGUUCGAAGGGGUGUGCGAUGAAACCGUGAAGGUUGCCAUGUAGACAUGUGAUAUUGGUGGUGAUUAUUCAUGAAGCAACAUACAUAGUGAUCACUGUUGAUAGGUUGCGGUCGAACUGUGGUAGAAAGUCUGCCCGAUGAUAGUGAACCAUAACAACAGCAUAUAAACAAAGUUUUGAUAAAAGUACGAAAACCUAUGCUCUGGUUGGAAGCUUUGCCUGUGUGUGGGAAAGACCAAAGCUUGCACCAACACUGCAGAACCUGAGGCAACUACAGGGAGUAACGGAGCGAUCUUUACGACUAUCGAACUGCCAUUAUAGCCGCCGCACCGCGCUUCGGGGAAAAGCGACCGAGCGGCGAGCGCCGUCACCAACAAACAAGGCAGGCUUCCGAAGCGAGACGACGGCGUUUCAAAACGAAAGUGAAUGUGAACGUGACAGGAUCGAAUCACCUGCUGCGACCACGCGCGCUGAACUCGAGUGUUGUGAUUAGUAAAGUUUCCGAGUGUGUAGAACGAUAAGUGAUAAAGUGACGCGGGUACAAUCCUAGUGGGCCGAUACUGCUAGUCGAGAUUAUGAUUAAAGUUACCAAAGCAACCGGGGCGUACGCGGCCCUGGUUUCCGUCGUGUCUGGAACCAUCGUAUGGUUCAACUUCCGACCGUUGGGAAUAUUCUUCUUCUCCGGAUUGGUGGUGUUUUGGUGUCGGCAGUACGCCAAUCUCCGCCUACAGAUGACCCCGCUGGUGGAGGACAAACUGCGGCAGUUGGGCCACCGGGCGUUGGAUCUCCGGAAUGAAAAGCCCGGCUUGUUCUGUGCGCUCAUAUCGGGCUUCCUGGUCGUGCUGGCCUUUAUCGGUCACGUGGUUUCCGGAGCGUACAUCGUGGUCGCCCUGCUGGUCCUCUCCAUCGUGGUAUCCACCAAGUACGACAUCAAAAUUGUUGCCGAUCGUGAACAAACUCCAUCUCCACUUUCGGCGAACUUCCUAGACCAAGAAGUUGAAGAGUUCCUGCCGGAGAUCAACGAAGCCAACGCGUCGCUCCUCAAGCAGGUCGGUGAGGAAGCGGACAUCAGUGCCGUCUACAAGACCGAUAGUACCAUCAGCGAACGCAAGGGCACCGGUGACGAAGAGGACGAUGACGACGAUACCUAUUCGGAUCUGCUGAUUCCGCAGAGCAGUAUUAAGGAAUUGGACGAAGCCGAAGAAGAGGAGCUAUCCAACGCGUCCAGCAGCGACGAGUUGUUGCUCGGCAGUGGCGGUGAUCAGCCAAGUGCUUCCUCCGGCGCUGGCGCCGCCGCCGCCGCCUCCGAUGAGAUUAGAUUUAAGAGUGGCCAUUUCAAUGCCAAUACUUCCUCCGACUCGGACGACAGCAUUUCGCGGGGGUUGAGCUUCGACGACGUACCCGACAAGGCGGGUAGUCGGAAACGGCUCCAUCAUCAUCCGCAGCAACCGCAGUAUCAGCUGCUGGAGCAACGACCGCAACAGCCGCAGGAUCAACUGGCCAACUUGGCGGGCAAUUUGCUAUCGAGCGGAGUGCUUAGCUAUUUGACAUCUGCCAUAGCCAGUGGUGCUUCGGCGGCAAUGAGCCAAUCGCAUCCGGCUCCGAGUCUCAGCAGUAGGCAUCCCAAUAGGAUGACGGUUUCCUCGGCGAGUGGCGACCGGAGGACUUUUGGAAACGACGGAGGAGAUUCUACGGAUGAAGACGAGGAUAGCGACUUUGAGAUGCUGAACCCGGACGAGCUGAACAAUGUGUAAUGAGGUGGGUUGCCGACCAUGUAAGGUACUUUUUGCGAGAAAUUAUUAUUUUUUGUUUGUGAUCGAACUUUCUUUUUUUAUGGGGCAGUGGCUUAUUCUGUUGGGAUACUUUCAUGUGUUUCUAUCUUGAAAAAUACUUGUUAUAUAAGUUUGGCAUUUCUGAUCUUGAAUACAUGUGAUAACAUGUAUUAUAUACUUGUUAAAACAAUGAUUCUCAAACUAAACUGUCCUUUUUAAUGCAUAGCUUGCACUCCCCAACAUAAGUAAAUGUCUUGAAUAGACUUGGGAGUUUCACACAGACGGACUUGCCGACAUACCAAGUAAUAUUUUGAAGACCAAUUAGACUUGUAGAAGUUUUGAAAACCACCAUGAAACCUAAUGUCUUUUAUUUUUGUUUUAUGAUGGUUUUAAGAACCUCUUCUAGUGUAUUCGAUUAAUAAAUAUUACUUGGAAUGGGGUCUCUAUCUACCAUGAACCUGCGAGACCUACGCUGGGUGGAAGGUUACUUUCCCAUUGUUGACCCAGCUAUCUACCUUCCUAUACCUAUAAAUAAACCUAUGGGACCACCUGGCUUUCGUGGAACUGCCCCAUGCUAUUUCGUCAUUGAGGCCAAAAGACUGUCCUUCUGUGACUGCCCAUGAGGUGAAUUGCGUUUCCAUUUAGCAAUGGCUUCACUAUUUGAACAAUGAAUUUAUAAUUUGAUUCGUCUCCAGUGUAAAUUCGGUAAAGGUAUGUGAAAACUCUAACAUACAUUGUUUAGAAUACGUCUCCUUGAUGUAAUGUCUCCCGUUUUGAUAUUCUGAAAACAAUUCAUGCAAAUCCAAUCAUUGCCCCAAUGGUUGAUCACACACCCUGUAUUGUGUAAAUAAUUGUACAUGCUCAUUAUUAUUCCUAUUAAAAAUACUUUUCCCAUUAGCUUCCCCUCUAUCAUCUCGCAAACUCUAUCAUUCGUUCGUUAUACCAAACGAGCCAACAGGAACAAGAACAAAAAAGAUAAGAAAAACAUCUUUAGCAUUCAUAAUUUUAUCGUAGAGACCCCGCAUAGCGAACGAAGUUACGAAAUUGGAGCAUUUUUAGUUAGUUUACCGAAUCCACCACCCAAACCAUCCAGGCCAUUUAGAGAUCCGAUUGAAGCGUAGACCACAGAAAAAUACGAAAAAUAUGUGCAGCAUUAUAGCAAGUCAACUGUAUGAUGCAAAACAAACUAGUCCGCAGUGUGUUAGAUUUUAACGAAUUCACUACAAAACAGGAAAAGCUCAUGGAUGGCUUUGGUAUCAUUCGUAUAGUACAUAAACCCCACCCUCUUAAGUCAACGCUUUGAAUGCUCUAAAGUAGGCGCAGCGAAAUUACUGCAACCACCACCAUGAAAAUGGAUGAACCUUGUGAAACCUUUUACGAUGUUUUAUAGAAGUCUUCUUUGAUGGGUGAUUUCGUUUCGUUCGUAAGUAACCGCACUCGAUAAGGGGUUAUGUCGUCCCUGGAAAGUCAAAAUUAUUGAAGAAGUGUGGUCCACAAGGAGGCAAAUUAAAAGCAAGAGUUGUUCUUCUAAGAAUUACGUUCACUUUUUGUUCUGUGUAGACAUGCACUAGCUAAUCGAUGUGAAUCGAAUCUUCAGAUAAAUAAAUUCGACGAGGUUUUUAGAACGUUUAUAAAACCAAAAUAAAAUCAUUUAGUGUUUCGAGAUUUGUUGAUUUUUUUCACCGAAAAAAAUCAACAAAUCUCGAAACAUAAAAUUCAACGGUGACGAAAAAACCCCACAAAGUAAAAUCAUUUAGGUUUUAUGGCAGUUCUUGAAACUUCUCCAAAACCAAUUAAACCAAUCGAAUUGUUGCUUGGUAUGUUUUUCAAACACUCUUUCUGUUUGGAAGAAUAUAAUUUUAUGAUUUUUUUAUUUCAUUAAUUUUUGUCUUCUUGUUAUUAAAUUCACCUCCUGAUUGGAUCACAUGGACUUGUAUGGUGGACUUUAUUUUCUGAGAUCUCUCCAUUUAUUGUUUGAAGCACGAAUCAAAUGUAUUGACACAUCAUCUGUUCAAGCUGACAGAUAAUAUGCCAACAAACCAUGACGCUUAAGGCUUACAAAAUGGAGAAACAAUCAGAAAUUAAAUUGUUCCCCGUUAUGAAAACGAAAUUUGUGAUUGCGAACGGAACAACUUAAAAAUGAAUGAAUGAAAAAAAAAACAAUAUUUAUUAAUGCUACUACUACGUGUGAUAUGAUUUUAUUAUACUCUACAUUACAUAUAAAAUACAUACUUGUGUACCCGUAACGACUAUUGUGACGUAAAUGAAAUGAAUAAACCACUAUUCGUGAU